CACCAAUGCCACAACAGCAGGUAAUAAAGACUCUUACAGUAUAAGACUCAUGAAUAUACCAUCUACUCAUAGCAGAUAGGUCAGAAAAAUGGGUGUAAUGAAGUGCAGAACUGUAUACAGUACAGUAUAAAGUGGGGAAAAAGAGCACAACAAUAUACAUGAAGAAAACUGCGACUGGGAGUCAUGCAGGAACAAAAUGAAGCUCAAAGAGAAGUUGGGCUACAGAAUAAGGAUUUUGUUGUGUCCGCGCACGUGUACGGAGCUGAAGUAUCAGCCUUCACUCACCUUGGCGAAGUGCAGGGAGGAAAUGAGACGCAGCCAGUGAGAUGGGACAGGGUGGAUCAAAGUUUUGAUUUAAUGCCAAGAAUAAGCAGAGACUCUGUGACACAAUACCUUCAGUACAGACCUGACCAAUCAGUGCUCAUUCUCCAUGCCAGAGUGGCUCAGAAGUCUUAUGGAAAUGAGAAACGAUUUUUCUGUCCUCCUCCUUGUGUUUACCUCUGUGGAGAUGGAUGGAAUCUCAGAAAAGAACAUCUCAAAGCAUCAGGUCUUGGUGAAUCUAGUUGCCGUGUAUGGGGAUAUAUGGGUCUGGAUGGCUCCCCUGGGACACAAGCAGACAAAUUCAAGCUGAGCUUUGAAGAACAAACAGAAAGAAGGAUGUUUGCCUGCGCCAAAACCCUGUAUAUCUCAGAUACAGAUAAACGGAAACACUUCCGUUUGCUGCUUCGUCUGUUUCAAAGUGGAGGGCAGGAGAUCGGAUCUUUCCAAAGUGGACUUAUUAAAGUCAUCUCCAAACCAUCACAGAAAAGACAAUCCAUGAAGAAUGCAGAUUUAUGUAUCCCAUCGGGUUCAAGAGUGUCAUUGUUUAAUCGCCUGAGGUCUCAGACAGUCAGUACGCGUUACCUUGCUGUGGAGGGUGGAGCUUUUGUGGCUAGUGCCAGACAAUGGACUGCUUUUACUGUCAUUCUAGUGGAGGAUCAGCAGACUGACCGCAGUGAUUAUUCUUUGUGUGAAAGUUAUAUCUGUUACGGCUCUGUGGUUCAGCUGGUGUGCACCAUUUCAGGAGUUGCACUGCCACCCAUGGUGAUUCGUAAGGUGAAUAAGCAACAUGCAUGCCUGGACAUAGAUGAGCCAGUGUCCCAGCUUCAUAAAUGUGCAUUUCAACUCAGAAACAGCACGCACAUGUACCUCUGCCUCUCCAAUGAAAAAAUCUUACAGUACCAGGCUUCUCCAUGUCCAAAAGAGAGCAGUCGUGAGUUGUUAAAUGAUGGUUCAUGUUGGACUAUCACUGGUACAGAAGUUGUUGAGUACACCUUCAGUGAGAGCCUGACCAGUAGACCAACUGUCAUCAGCCCCAUCCCUAUCAUUAAUGGACUGGAGCUAAAUGGAGGAGGUCAUGUGGCCAUGUUAGAGCUCCAUGGAGAAAAUUUCUGUCCUUACCUAAAGGUCUGGUUUGGAAACAUGGAAGCUGAAACUAUGUUCAGGAGUCCAAGGUCUUUGCUGUGUGUUGUGCCUGAUAUUUCAGUGUUUAGUAAAGAGUGGCGAUGGUACAGGCAGCCCAUCACAGUCCCUUUGUCUCUGAUACGAUUGGAUGGGAUGAUCUACAGAAGCUCUUUUACAUUCACGUACACACCAGAGCAAAGCUCUUCCUUUCAGCCAUGUCCUACCACUGAGAAAACUGCCAACUCAGACACACUCAUUGACACCAUACACCAGGAGUUCACUAGAACCAAUUUUCACCUGUUCCUGCAGAGCUGACAGAUUGAUGGUAAGACAUAAAAAAGGAAUAACUUACAUAGUUGCCAAUAUGCUGGACUUGUGUGUGAACACCAAAAAAGAUAACACCAAUGACACACUAUUCUCAAGAACAAAUAAGUUGCAAUGACAUCAGGAAAUUAAAUCUUAGCAAAUGGAAAAACUUUGAAUCUACUCAAAUUUAACUAAUGACAGAAGUGACACUACAACUACAAACUACUUUAAUUUUGACCAUUGUUUAAUUCUUGUGAUUUAUUCUUGAUUUAAAUUUGCUGUUGCCAGGUCUUUUAAUAAAAAGCACUCAUUGCAACUGCUGCAAUAAGUAUCUGGCAAUAAGAAAUAUUAAAGCUUGAAAUCAUUCAAAAUGACUAGAAAUAUGUUUAGUAGUCUUUUAUUGUAAUCUUAUAAUCUCUGAUCAUGCCUAUUUAAUGUGGAGACUUUCACUAAUGCAAUUUAAUUCUAUUCAGUUAGAUCUCAGACAUCAUAAGGUCUAUUAAACUUCAAGAAUCCAUGAUUUCAAAAUGCCUAUUGACUCGAAAAUUAUGUUGGUUGUCAAUUCCCACUUUUAGAAUAGCUAACAUACAGUCAAACUACCCUUUUCAUCUAACUAUUUAUGAUAGAAAGCAACUUUGAUAUUAGUGAAGCAUGUCGUAAAUGUCAGUAUUGGCCAAUCCAAAAGCAAUGUGGGAUCCUCCGAUUAACUGAGGUCCCCUUUGAAAAAACUAGGAUGGAACUCAUCAAGCCAUUAGGUUGAAUUGCACAAGGUGUCAGGAACAGCUUGGACUUCCCUGUCUGAACACUACUGGCCCUGCCCUACUACUGUGUUUUCCCUGCCCUAUCUUUAAUCUGUUCCUGCCUCUACACAUCUGUGCCUUCUGUUUCAGUGAUUGUUCUCCUUAUUUAGACUAGUUGUCUAAAUCUGUUUUUUUGUCUAAAUUUGUCUUAUAUCUGUUUUUUGCUGAGUCCUUGUCUCUUAUUUUGUUGUCCUUGGUUUGUUGUCUUUGGGUUGUUGUUGGUGGUGGUGGUGGUGGUGGUGGAUGGGUCUGAAUUUUAUCUGUGAAAACACCCCGUUCCCUGACACAAGGACAUAACUUUAUUAGUUAUAGUGGACUAUACAAUGUGAUACCCAGAAGCAGUACCACAAAAACACAGUGCUGCAUUUUCUCCUAAGCUGGGGUCCCAAAAGCAAUCCUGAAUGACCAGACGCAAGCUUUCUGAGAGUAAGUACAGCACAGUGUUCUUUGGAUCAUACAUGCAUCCCUUCUUUCUCUAAAAAUGAUGAGCUGGAUUAUUAGAGUUUUGUUUAUUCUUUUGUUCAAAAAACAUUCUGAUGUGUCAAAUUUUAGAUAAUUUUUGUUUGGUUCACAGUGACUCCCAUUAAACCCGAGGAUAAGCAUACAGAAAAAGGAAGAAGCAUGAAAAAUAAUAAAAAUAAAUGUCCAUAGUACUUCCCCUGAAAAAGUUAAUUCCCAUUAAUUUAACAUACAAUUUUAACACCUAGUGUUAACAUUCCUAAGUACUGUAGGAAGUUAGCAGCAAUCUCAUUCAGAUGAGCUUCCCACCUAGAAGUGAUUUGGUACUUGAAGUUUUGAAUGUUGAAAGUAUUUGCAUUUGCAUCCUGUGGAUCCCCCAGCUCCACCUGCUUCAUCCUCUGAACUUACAAUAAGAUUUCUCACUUCUUCCCUGACUGCACCUACAUUUCACAGCUAGGAUUCCCCUACUCCUCCAUUGCCACAUUUAUCAACUGUAGCAUGUAGCAGCAGAAGAGAUUCUACAAGUCAUCUGGUCCAAUCCUACCACCUGCCCACUGGAUCCAAUCCCUUCUACCAUGCUUCAGCCCAGACUGCCUUUCAUCUCCACAAUCAUUAACGGAUUAAUACAGUGCCUUGCAAAACAGAACAUUCCACAAAGAUUGCCCUUUUGGCUGUCUCUGAGACACUACAUUCUGAUGAUCAGCCAAGCUGUCAUCUGUUGUCCUCCUCAACCUUUCAUCAGCAUUUGACCCAGUCAACCACAAGACUCUCUUGUCCACCCUCAAAGGCCUUGGAAUUCAAGGAUUAUCAUUGGAAUGGUUUGCUUCCUACCUGGAAGGUCCCUCAUAUCAGGUUCUGCUCGGAUCUCAGCAUGUCUGCUGAACAAUCAUUAACAUCGAUGACAGCUCAUCACUGAAACUUAACCCCAACAAAACUGAACUUCUGGUCAUCCCAGUUGAUUUAUCCCCAGGUCAGGAUCAUGCAAUAUCCCUACAAAACAAUCUGAUCUCCCCUUCAGCCACUUCGCAACCUUGGGUUAACCAUGGACAAUCAACUGUCCUUUUCCUUGCAUGUUGCCAAUGUGACACCCUCAUGUCCAUUUAUUCUCAUCAGAAGAACAACAUCAGACGUAUCUGGCCAUUGUUAUCCACACAGCUACUCAGGUGCUUGUUCAGUCUCUUGUAACUUUGAUACUGGACUGGUGCAUCUCUCUGUUGGCAGGUCUACCUAUGAAUGCAAUUUGUGCUCUGCAAAUGAUCCAGAACUUUGUCAAAAGGAGUCAAAACAUCUUUGAUUCUUUGAGUAAAACCUACUUCUGCCUGACACACUAAAAUUAACAAUUCUUUCCUUGUUUGUUUUUAUGUAUUGCUAAAAAAUAAAAAUAAAAUGGAGGGUGUCUCCAACAGAGUUUUUGGUUGAUAGUAUCCUUAGUCUCAAAGCACCUCUAUACAUUCUGCAAAAUACUGUAAAUAUAGGUUAAAAUCGAACGUUUAUUCAUUGCCAUAUGAAUCAUUCCUAAGAAUUGAUAAACAUGGUUAUAGAUGUUUGUGUGUUUUAUUUAAUUUUUUUUUUCUUUUUAUUUAAUUAAUUUAAUUUUAUUUCUUGGACUACUAUAGCCACAGGUGGCUCAGGCAUCACUCACAAAGUGUAAAAACUCAAUUUCUGAAAGAUAGAGCUUGAAAACGACAUGCUCUAUUUAAAAUGAGUAUAUCUUUGUAAUGAGUCUGUCUGUGUUUCUGUCCUGUUUCUGUCUGCUGUCUUUCCCGGUUGUUAAUUGUUUGCUCCGCCCACUCUUUUGUUCCCAUGGACAUUAAUUGUACUCCUUCAUCCCCUCAGGUGUGUUGUCUUGUCUCUAAUUAGUUCUGCUGUGUGAUUGGUUCUUGUCUCUUAUUUAUACUCUGUUUGUUCACUUCCCUGGUGUUGGUCAUUGCCUCAUGUUGGAGUGCCUGUUCGCCCUGUUUGCUGCCUUGUUCUGUCUGCCUGUCUGUUCAUCUGUUUCUUGUGUUUUGGACUAUUAAACUUUAAAUCUGCA